GCGUAAAUCUCUCCGAGCAUUCUUCUCGCGAAGCGCACGUUAUUUCACUUUAUCUCACACUCGAUCGGAAAUUCAUCAUAGUCAUGUUUUGCGUAGCGACGACGACAACGACAACAACGACUCGGUUAGAUUAAGGAUCGCCGGGUGAUCGCAACGGCGGCGGCAAAGUGGAAGAGGACGCCACGAAGAAGGCUUUCCUCUUCGAAUGCUCACCUGCCCUACCACUUCCUCUUCUUCCUCGUCCUCCUCCUCCUCCUCCUCUCCUCCUCCUCCUCCUCCUCCUCAUUCUGCUCCGCCACCUCCAUCGCGCUUAUAGUCGUUCGGUUGCCGGUAAGCAAUACGGUUUACGGCCGCGUACGACGGUGUUCCGGAACAGCUGUUGCUAUUGGUCGCUGGUCGGCGUCCAGCGAUCGCGGUUGCUCGAGGAGCUCUCCUCGAGAAAUGACUGUUCGCGAAAUUUAAGAACGAUACAAGAACGAUAAUCCCGACAUCCUGGAAAGCGUAUUUUGAAUUUUUUUGGUGGUUUUUGCACGAGCAAAAGUGAACGAUGCCCGAGUUUCGCGGAGCGCACAAAUUGUGACAAGUCGAUUGUUUGAGGAUUCGGAUUGUUCGAGAUAGGAUUCGCGUCGGAUUUGGACGUCCGAUUUACGUCGCGUUUCACGCGAGUGCCGAAGAAAGUAAGGUGAACUAGUGUUUGGAAAGUAUUCGAAAUCGAGAAGAAAGGAAAGUUUUUGGAUCUUGUUCUGUUUUCGGAUUUAUCCCGAGCGCUGUCCUGAAUGAGGACAGAUGUAAGAAUUCAUCGAAUAGAAAUUGAGAAAAAAUGGGAAUUCGUCGCACACUCUAAGAAAUCAAAGUCCGUCAUCCACCGCGUCGUGUGCGAGCAAUAUUCGAAAAAACGUUCGAAAGACUCAUUGAGAUUCUCGCGAUCGUUCAAUUCCUGAGGACCCCGACGACGAGACGCGACCAUCAACGAAGUCGCAUGGCCACUACGUCGUUGACGCGCCUGCGUGGAUAUCCGUGCGAGGAACGUCGAGCCGUGACGACGCCUCGCGUCGUCCAGCAUGCCUUCCCGCACCACGUGACCGUUACCCAGUGAACAACCUCUCGUCGAGACAGAGGAGUCCGGAGUACUUCGUCUUCGAGUAGCGUCGACGGGACGCGCGUUUUCUGAGACGUCUUCCCUCCUCCCCCCUCAAAAAACACAUUUCUGGGAUCCGUCCCGCGAAACUUUACUCUUGCGAUCUCUAUCGCGCGAAGAGAUUCACGACUCAAUUCGACUUUUAGUAGUCGUCGAGGGAUUUUCUGGCCGAGAUCACGUCUCUUCUAUUCCCAGAGGUUGUUGGAUAAAAGAAAAAGACUCAAGGAUGUGGUGGCGAAUGGAGCGGAUUCGAAGACGCUGCGUUUGACGAGGGUACUUCGGACACAUUGCCCAGCGGAUUUCAGCGAGCGUUUGAAAUCAAACGGAUCCGAGAACCGGGCGAUAUUGAGCACGUCAGAAGAAGAGUGACGCCACAUCGUUUCCAUGGACCUGACGGAGACCUUCACGCCGGGAAGUGGCAGUGAGGACAUGCCGAAGACGGACUUCUUCGACUUCGUAGUGUCACCGCCGCCGCACUGCACCACGGCCGAUGGCGUCGUUUCCGACGAGGAGAGCUUCCUGCAUCGCAGCGCCAGCUGCCGCGCUAUGGGCGGUUAUCUUCAACAGACCCACGAGGACCACGAGAACUCCCACGUUUCGCCCUUUAUCAAGGAGACUAACAACAAUACCUUGACGGCGUUACCGCCGGUCUCGACCAUCACCGGUUCUCUGAGUCAUCAUCACGCUCAGCACCAGGUGCGUUCGCAACAUGGCAGCGUUCAGCAGACCGGCGAGACCGCCAUGGAUCAGUCCGAGUGCGAUUAUUGGGGACAAGAGGAUGAGAACAAAGAGCAAACCUGCAACAUCCUGGAGGAUCUCAACAAAUACUAUUGGUCCUCGAACGCCAGCGACAGUGUCAUUCACGCGACGGCGGGAGGUCCCAACGAUCAUCAUCAGGCCGUGGAUUCGGGUCGCGCGGGUUGCAACGCCAACGAUCGGCAGAAUACCGACGGUGCCAUCUACACGCUGACGGUACUGAAUAACGAGGCGAACUCGAUGGACGCGCUGGACUGCUGCAAGAGCCCGGCGCCCACUUCUAGCGACUCCUGGUCCCUCCGACCUAAUCUCGAUCUGGAAGCUAUCCUGAAUAUGGAACCGCCUACGAGCGAACAGGAUCACGAACAGCAGGCCGGCGGCGAAGUGAACGAGAGAUUUCACACGACGGACGGACGCGGUUUUACCGUGUCGCAGUACACGACCGACGACAACGGCUUCGUCGAGAGCAAGGAACUAUGCACGCGGACAUCUUCCGCCAACUGUUCAGGCGACAACAACAACGACUGGAAACUAUCGGAUCAGAAUCUGCAGGAAGUAGCAGCUGCUGCCGCGGCUGCGGUCGCCGCGGGUGCCAGAGACUCCGCCGAGAGUCUCCUGAGGAGCGCUCUUCAGGGCAAACUGUACACCGGAUCGACUCAGUCGGUCUCCUCGCCCUCGCCAUCCUCGCAAACGUCCACCAUCUCGAUGCCGGUGUCAGGAAACGCAAGCUUAAUGGUGUCCGAUCAGCAACAGCAACAACAGCAACAACAGCAGCAGCAGUCCCAACAAGAAGAACCUAUGCAGACUUGCACUGAUGAGGACUUGCUGCUUUCUCAGUUGGAUCAGAGUUACCGGCCGGGUGAUUACGAAAAGCUGAAGAGCAUCGCGAACGAAGUGGUGGAAUCGUACUGCAGCCUGGACCCGGUCUGCAACGUGUCGGCAACGACCACGGUGAUGUACACGUUGGAUCCGGCAAGCGGGAGUCUGGGCACCAUCACGUUACCGGCUAAUCUGGGUCAAGUGAGCGCCGUCACGGUGGUCACAGCCCCUCAACAGGACGUUUUGCAGCAACAACCCACUCAACAGACCGACCUGAACCAACAGCAGACGCAGCAACAACAACAACAGAAGCAACAGUCGGGUCAGCUGCAGAUGGCACCCGCUCGAGUCGGCGUUACCUCCAAGCCGCCAAAGAAGUACGUCAGACGCGCCAAUCGUAACAACAGUAACGCCACUGGUGCCAGUAACGGCAAUACCGGCUCCGAUACCGGUAGUAACACGAAUCAGUCACAGAGCAGCGGUUCCGGCGGCUCACCGGGUAGCGUUCAGCGUAAGGAGCGCUCCCUGCACUACUGCAGCAUCUGCAGCAAGGGUUUCAAAGACAAGUACAGCGUGAACGUGCACAUUCGAACGCACACCGGCGAGAAGCCGUUCGCCUGUUCGCUCUGCGGCAAGAGUUUCCGCCAGAAAGCGCAUCUGGCCAAGCAUUACCAGACCCACGUGACUCAGAAGCCCGCCAGUAUUCAGCAGACCACCAGCGGAAAUGCCGCCGGUAGCGGGAACAACGAAAACAUCAGCCCGACGGCGGAGAUCAAUGUAACAUCCACGUCUCCCGCCAUUGCCAGUAGGGCUCAGGUGACUGUGGACUCGUCGGGAACCGCAACUUGCAACUCUUCCAGUUAGUUUGUAAGACGUAGACGACGACGCGACACGAGAUGUGAAGUGUGUCUCUGUUUCUCGUUUAGUUUCUAUUUUUUAAAACCGGUGGCAGCCGUGGCUGGUCUCUGCUGUCUUUUUAUUUUUCAUCGAUUGUUGUUUUCUUUUUAUUUUUUUACACGAAUGAUUUCCACGUUUUGGAAAAGCCAAGAGAAGAGAGAAAGAGAGAGAAAGAGAGAAGCUUACAAGAGCAAUACACCAUGACAAGCGGUUAAAUAGACUCGUUGUAUCCAGAAAUAAGUCUGUAAUCGUAGAAAUGUUUUAGACAAUUCUCUUUGAAGAAUUAAUUUGAGAUUCGGGAAAUUGUUCGAGAUUGGAUUUUUGUUGCGAGUUAUUUGAACUCGACUGAGAAGUGCGUUUUACUUACUCUCCCCGCUUAUAAGUCAAAAGUGGACUUACCUUAAAGUUUACUCGAGAUAUUAUUUGAAUUCACUCAGUUGAUUUGAGUUAGAUCGAAUUGUUGAAACUGCGGGACACAGUCAAUUGCAAAUUAAUUGCGGAGGAGCGGAAAUUAAUUUUCCGCGAUAUUUCGCACGCCGAGAUGAUGGGAAAGCAAUUGAGUUUAAGCAAGGCAAAAACUAACGUAACCGGAGAAGGUUGUUGAUUAAACAGAUAAUUAAGAACCUCGAUCUUCACUUUGCGAGAUUAUCUAUCCUACAACACACGGCGGCACUUCGUGCCGUUGUAAUUUUUUUUUUUUUUUUUAUAUUAAUUAUUAAUUAGUUAUGAACAAUCGAAAGAGCGCGAGAAGAAAAUUGCUCUCUUUGUGUUAACACAUGACAAUCCCAUGAAAUUGUUGUUCCUACUUGGAUUACCGUUUAAUGACAUUGAAGGCAAUGGAAAUGAUUUAAUGACGAUGAACCGAGAUCAAAGCGAUGUUUUAUAUAGGUUAAUUGAUUAUUAAUUAUAUUUAAUAGCCACAAGAUAUUAU